AUGGUCAUUGGCUACUUGGCCGUUUCUGCAAAACGAGCCAAAGAUUUCAACAAGUAUAAGACCCUUACUUGGAGGGCAAAACGCGACAACAACACCGAACAAGUGAAAGCCCGUAAAGGCGAAUGGUACUGCGUAGUCCAAGCUGAGAAAGCUGCAAUGGAACCGGUGGCGAAGCUCUGGGUACCGCAAAAACACGAACAUAAACGCUUCUUGGAGAAAACCAAUAACAAUCCGUACCUCUGGAACUAA